AUGGCUGAUUCAACCGCUACAACUGAAGUCGCCGCUGUCGAAAAGAUGGAUACUGCCGAGGCUCCAGCUACUACUCCAGCACCUACUCCAGCCGCCGCUCCAGCGACUGAACCAGAGGCUAGCGAGAACUCAGCCGUUCCACCAAACGUUCUUGCCACCAGCGCAGGACAACAGACUGGCGCUCAGACGGCUCAACGCAACAGCAACAGCGCUGUUCCAACCCGCCAAUAUCUCGACUCAACUGUUGUACCGAUUCUUCUGCAAGGACUCGGAGCUCUCGCCAAGGAUCGUCCAGAGAACCCGAUCGAGUUCUUGGCCAACUUCCUCUUGCGCGAGAAGGACCGUUACAACGCAGAGAACCAAAACCCAGCCGGACAACAAUAA